AUGGCAAAGGGUGGGAAAGGACCCAAGGGCAAGAAGAUCACCCUCAGUAUGGCCAAGAAUUGCAUCAAAAUCACAUUUGAUGGGAAAAAACGCCUUGACCUGAGUAAGAUGGGACUCACCACAUUUCCCAAGUGUAUUCUGCGUCUCAAUGACGUAGAUGAGCUCGAUCUUAGCCGGAAUCUAAUCAGGAAACUCCCUGACUCCAUCUCCAAGUUCCAGAACCUUCGAUGGCUUGACCUGCAUAGCAAUUACAUCGACAAGAUCCCCAAGUCCAUUGGCCAGAUGACCUCCCUGCUCUACCUCAACGUCAGCAACAACAGACUGACCACCAAUGGGCUGCCUGUGGAGCUGAACCAGCUCAAGAAUAUCCGUACAGUGAACCUGGGUCUGAACCACCUGGACAGUGUGCCCACCACGCUGGGAGCACUGAAGGAGCUGCACGAGAUAGGACUGCACGACAACCUGCUGAACAGCAUCCCUGGCAGCAUCUCCAAACUCCCCAAACUGAAGAAACUCAACAUAAAGAGGAACCCCUUUCCAAAGUCAGAUGAAUCCAACAUGCUCGUAGAUUCCAUUAAGAGGCUGGAAAACCUCUACCUGGUGGAGGAGAAGGACCUGUGUGGGCAUUGUCUGCAAAAAUGCCAACAGGCCAGGGACAAGCUGAACAAAAUCAAGAGCAUGGCCUCUCUAACACCCAGAAAAGCCAUCUUUUCCAAUUUGGUCUCACCCAACUCCACAGCCAAGGACACCCAGGAAGACUGGAGGUGA